AGACAGCUUCCGGUGGCGGGACGCUGGGCGGCGCACGCGGGAAAAGCUUCCCCAGUGUACCCCCCCCAUCACCCCGUGCCCCCGCCCCCUCCCCCGCGUCCCUCAGCGCGCCCACCGCCCGCACCGGGGCCGCCGCGAGGCUGCUGCUAGAGGAGAUUUCCAGCCUGCUGAGGGAGUGUCUGCACACCCAUCCAGGAUUUGGGGCCCAGCUCCCGGUUGAGGCCAAAAGGGGCAGUUAGCAUGGCAGAAACACUGGAGUUCAACGACAUCUACCAGGAGGUGAAAGGCUCCAUGAAUGAUGGGCGGCUGAGGUUGAGCCGCCAGGGCAUCAUCUUCAAGAACAGUAAGACGGGCAAAGUGGACAACAUCCAGGCUGGGGAGUUGACGGAAGGCAUCUGGCGCCGGGUGGCUCUGGGCCAUGGACUUAAGCUGCUCACAAAGAAUGGCCAUGUCUACAAGUAUGACGGCUUCCGAGAAUCGGAGUUUGAGAAACUCGCUGAUUUCUUCAAAACUCACUAUCGCCUUGAGCUAAUGGAGAAGGACCUAUGUGUGAAGGGCUGGAACUGGGGAACGGUGAAGUUUGGUGGGCAGCUGCUUUCCUUUGACAUUGGCGACCAGCCGGUCUUCGAGAUUCCCCUCAGCAACGUGUCCCAGUGCACCACAGGCAAGAAUGAGGUGACCCUGGAGUUCCACCAGAACGAUGAUGCAGAGGUCUCGCUCAUGGAGGUGCGCUUCUACGUGCCUCCCACCCAAGAGGAUGGCGUGGACCCUGUUGAGGCCUUUGCCCAGAACGUGCUGUCUAAGGCAGACGUGAUCCAGGCCACUGGAGACGCCAUCUGUAUCUUCCGGGAGCUGCAGUGCCUGACUCCCCGAGGACGGUACGACAUUAGGAUCUACCCCACCUUUCUGCAUCUGCACGGCAAGACCUUCGACUACAAGAUCCCCUACACCACGGUGCUGCGCCUCUUUUUGCUACCCCACAAGGACCAGCGCCAGAUGUUCUUUGUGAUCAGCCUGGAUCCCCCCAUCAAGCAAGGCCAGACCCGUUACCACUUCCUGAUCCUCCUCUUCUCCAAGGAUGAGGACAUCUCCUUGACUCUCAACAUGAAUGAAGAAGAGGUGGAGAAGCGCUUUGAGGGGCGGCUCACCAAGAACAUGUCGGGAUCCCUCUAUGAGAUGGUCAGCCGGGUCAUGAAGGCACUGGUGAACCGCAAGAUCACAGUUCCAGGCAACUUCCAAGGGCACUCCGGGGCCCAGUGCAUCACCUGCUCCUACAAGGCGAGCUCAGGACUGCUGUACCCGCUGGAGCGGGGCUUCAUCUACGUCCACAAGCCACCCGUGCACAUCCGCUUUGAUGAGAUCUCCUUCGUCAACUUCGCCCGUGGCACCACCACCACACGGUCCUUUGACUUUGAAAUUGAGACCAAGCAGGGCACUCAGUAUACCUUCAGUAGCAUUGAGAGGGAGGAGUAUGGGAAGCUGUUUGAUUUUGUCAAUGCAAAAAAACUCAACAUCAAAAACCGAGGAUUGAAAGAGGGCAUGAACCCAAGCUACGAUGACUAUGCUGACUCUGAUGAAGAUCAGCACGAUGCCUACUUGGAGCGGAUGAAGGAGGAGGGCAAGAUCCGGGAAGAGAAUGCCAACGACAGCAGCGAUGACUCGGGAGAAGAAACCGAUGAGUCUUUCAACCCAGGUGAAGAGGAGGAGGACGUGGCAGAGGAGCAUUGGGUGGUUGUGCAGGUGAAGAAGGGCAAAGACCCCAAUGCCCCCAAGAGGCCCAUGUCUGCCUACAUGCUGUGGCUCAAUGCCAGCCGAGAGAAGAUCAAGUCAGACCACCCCGGCAUCAGUAUCACUGAUCUUUCCAAGAAGGCAGGCGAGAUCUGGAAGGCAAUGUCCAAAGAGAAGAAAGAGGAGUGGGAUCGCAAAGCUGAGGAUGCCAGGAGGGAAUAUGAAAAAGCCAUGAAAGAAUAUGAAGGGGGCAGGGGUGAGUCUUCUAAGAGGGACAAGUCAAAGAAGAAGAAGAAAGUAAAGGUAAAGAUGGAAAAGAAGUCAACACCCUCUAAGGGCUCAUCAUCCAAGUCAUCAUCAAGGCAGCUCAGUGAGAGCUUCAAGAGCAAAGAGUUUGUGACCAGUGACGACAGCUCUUCAGGAGAGAACAAGAGCAAAAAGAAGAGAAGGCGGAGUGAGGACUCUGAAGAAGAGGAACUAGCCAGCACGCCCCCCAGCUCAGAAGACUCUGCGUCCGGAUCUGAUGAGUAGAGAGGAGGAAAAUUCUCUCUCCUUGGGCUUGUCCUGUCACCCCCCUGGCCUCCCCACCCAUGUUUUUGUACCAGUUUCUCAUACGAAAUGUAGCCUUUGGAUUCUCCUGGGGGGAUGCACUUCACUGGGACAGCGGGGGUGUCUUACUCCCCUGCUGCUUCACAAGGAUGGCUCUUCAUAGUUUGGGGAGAGACAGGGCAGUGCUGGGUUCAAACCCUUGUCCUCCUUUCCCGACCUGAGGGAUAUAGCUGCUUGUCCUGUUCAAGUUGCUGCCACAGGGGUCAUGUGAGCUCAGGCCUGUAGCUCCUAACUGGGGCCUAUUUCUACUUUUAUUUUGUAUUUCUGGUCUGUGGAAAAAAAAAUCAUUUAAUAAAGGGAACUGACUUUGGAAACCAUG